AUGAAUAGACCGCCACAGGGUCGUGGUCAGCCACGGGUGGGCGCGACAUGGUAUCCAGGGGGUCACGAUGACUUUUACAUGCCGGAGGUCAUAUCCCCCUCUCCUCAAAGAGUCAUGCCAGAUGUUCCUGAGAACAUGCAGGACAACAUCGCCCAGCUGGAACAUCGCGCUCAUGACCCCCGCCGCCAACCGCCCGCGCAGUACCAACAAGCCUAUCCCGAGCGCACGUCCUCGGCGGCCCAAGGCCCUCCUCAACACAAUCAAGUGCAUGAUCCAAGCUCCUACGCGCAAUCGGCCACCUACGAUAGUAUGGAUCAUCCCAACUUUUCGCCGUUCCCCGUCCUCCGGAACCCGCCCCCAAACGUCCCGCCCACCGAUGAACAGAGGGAAGCGAGCUUGGAACGCGCGCGGAUGGCCGUGCUCUCGACGACCGACCCCGAGAUGCAGCUGGCGUGGGCCUUGGACGCCCUCGCCUUUGUCGAGGUCGCCGCGCAGAACGAGGCCCGACUGAGUGUGACGCAGCCCCCGCGCCCGCAGACCCCGCAGGUCGAGCGGCAGUUGAGGGUGGACGCCAUGAAUAUCGUCGGCUUCCUGGCUGAACAGCGCCACCCCAAAGCCGAGUUCAUCAAGGGCAUGUGGCUCGAGUUCGGCAAAUUUGGAUGCCCCGUGGAUCGCAAGGAGGCAUUCCGAUCGUAUUCGCGGGCGGCCGAGAAGGGAUAUGCGCGUGCUGAAUACCGAAUCGGAAUGCAGUUUGAGAGCUCGGGGGAGCCAGAGAAAGCGAUCAAACAUUACCAGCGGGGUGUCGGGCGGGCGGACUCUGCGUCCUACUAUCGCCUGGGAAUGAUGAUUCUGCUGGGUCAACAUGGCCAGCGACAGGAUUUCAACACUGGCCUAGAGUAUAUUCGCCUGGCGGCGCAAUCAUGCGAUCAGAACGCACCCCAAGGUGCAUAUGUAUAUGGUAUGCUUCUCGCUCGGGAGCUCCCCCAAGUGAGUGUACCCGAGACUUUCUUGGCGAUGGAUCUCGACCUGGCCCGUGUCAAUAUCGAGAAGGCCGCCUAUCAUGGAUUCGCCAAAGCCCAGGUUAAAAUGGGUGCGGCCUAUGAACUCUGUCAGCUGAGUUGUGAUUUCAACCCGGCGCUGUCGUUGCACUACAACGCAUUGGCGGCUCGCCAAGGAGAACCCGAAGCCGAGAUGGCGAUCAGCAAAUGGUUCUUGUGUGGACAUGAGGGGGUCUUUGAAAAGAAUGACGAACUGGCAUUUACCUACGCUCAGCGCGCGGCGCAGAGCGGUCUCCCUACCGCUGAGUUUGCGUUGGGUUACUUUUAUGAGGUUGGCAUUUUUGUUCAAUCUGAUAUCAAGGAAGCUCGCUCCUGGUAUGCCAAGGCCGCUGCGAGCGGCAACAAAGAUGCAUCUGGUCGUAUCGAAAGUAUCUCUCGCUCCAAGACUCUGUCGCGAAAGGACCACGAAAAGGUAGCGAUUUCACGGAUCAAGUCGACGCGAUACACCGCUCAUCAGCGCGGUAACUCCUUGGAGACUACCCCGGAGAAUAUACAAAUGCCGGACCCAUCGAGGAUGACCCUCUCGGACGGGCCCCCAACUGCCGCUCCUUACCCUGACCGUCCCCACUCUACUCGUCCCCGGCCACAGCAGGGAUACCAGCUGUCCGACCCUCGCCCAAGCUCUGCUUUCGGCGUCAACCCCAACUUGCGACAGAACGCGACCCCGGGAUACGGUGGCCCGCCUCCCUCGGGCCCUGGAUCUCGCAACCCCUCAUACGGACCUGGUGGGCCUGGGCCUGGUCCCAUGAACUACCGCCAGCCUGGCCCUGGAACACCACUCAGCGCCCCUGCUGGGCCCACCAGCCCGCAGAGCGGUAACAUGAUCAGCCCGAGUGGAACUCCUCGUCUCGAUAUUGGAUAUUCCGCACCCAUGCCACCUCCCGGCGGAAGACGUCCCCCGCCUCGAUUGGAUUCGGCAGGUCCUCCGGAUCGCAAACCCAUGCGCACCCCCGUUUCAGCCGUCUCAUCCCAGAAUGGACUCCCUUCGCCCAGGCAGCAGGCGUCCCCCCGUCCCCCGGGCUCUCCUUCAUAUCCUCCUCGCACAGAGUCCCGACAACCCUCUCGGGGCUCUGGUGCCUCUACGCCACAGCCAGCUCCCUCGGUUGCCUCGUCGACCGCAUCUGCCCCGCCCCCGCAGCAGAAGCCCGCCGCGAAGCCAGCCAACAGUAGCAAGCCACCAAGCAAGGGACCCAAGACCUUUGAGGAAAUGGGUGUUCCUAGUGCGAAGAAUGACAAUGAUUGCAUUCUUCGAGGCUUACAUGAAAAGAAGGAGAUUGAAGGACGAGUUUCUGGGAAACAAACUGUCUACCAUGCCCUACAAGACCCCUCGGACGUCAUGACCCCUUCCGCGGCGGCGGCGCUCAAGCUCGAAAUUGACCAGCUCGAGAGUCAGCUUGCAACCUUAAAAACCGAGGAGAAAAGGGCCCGAGCAGCGUUGGCCAGUCUGAAAGCAUUGCCUCGAAUCUCCGAACUUCGCCACGACAUCAGCCACUUGGAGAGUGAAGAGUCGGCGAUCCGAACGCGCUUGGCACGCCACCACGAGGAUGACCCCGUGGAACUCUCACCGGCAGCACGAGCAAAGCUUGAGACGGAAUGGAAGCAGUGGCAGCGACAUGCCAGCGUCCGCCGGCGCAUCUGCCGCGAGCUGUGGGGACAAUGCUCUGAGGUUGUUCCGGAGGGUAUGACGGCGGUGGAACUGUGGAUUCAUUUAUACCGAGUGGAUUCUGACGACAAGGUGUCAGGAAUCGCUGGGGCUUGA